ACAUGGUUGUGACUCGUUCGGGUGCACGUGUGGAGCGAGAUCGAACUCGUGAAAGGUACAACAGGUACACCUAUGCUCCGAGAAGCCACCCGCUGCUGACUGAAGCCCUUGGAAAUAAAUAUGUUGAUUCUUACCUCGAAUAUGACUGCCUUAUGACGCCUGAAGAACUAAGUCGUCUUCACGAGCACAGAUACUCAGCCUUGGAUACUAGUUAUCUUAGCGAUUUUUGCAUGAAAUAUUUUUGGGAAUGGGUUGUGGAAUUCUAUCCCUUAUGGUUGGCGCCCAAUCUCAUCACGCUGAUUGGCAAACUAUUGGUGGUUUCAGGUCUCCUAGUAAAUCUCGUAACCGUAUUGGUUCUAUCCCAUUAUUGUCCAACAGCUAAGGAAACAGCUCCAUCAUGGGCUUAUGCCUUAGCUGCACUCGGGUUGUUCAUAUAUCAAACAUUAGAUGCUACAGAUGGCAAGCAAGCCAGACGUACGGGAGCGGCCUCACCGCUAGGCGAGCUAUUUGAUCAUGGUUGUGAUUCAAUAUCGCAGGUGUUCGUUGCACUCAAUGUAGCGUAUGCCUUGCGACUUGGAGAUGUACGAUGUGGCGUGUUUUUUGUCGUCAUCGUAACGGUCUCACUUUUCUACUGUGCUCAUUGGAGCACUUAUUGUACUGGUCAACUCAGGUUUUCGCAAUUUGACGUGACAGAAGCGCAGAUGGCAAUAAUCCUUUUGCUACUUGUCACAGCCGUAUUUGGUCCUGGUAUAUGGACGAUUGGAGUUGUGGGUUAUCAGCUGCGGCACUUACUACUUGCUUUCACAUUUCUAAUGUCUGUGUAUCAAAGUUCAUCCUAUCUUGAUGUGAUAUUCACUGGUGGUGUAGGAAGAAAUGGAUCCACGGUCGCUGGCACUUCAGUUUUGUUCCCUAUCUGUCCACUUCUAGCAAGCAUUGUUCCUUUUGCAAUGAUUUAUAGCAAAUCCCGCUCUGCCGUAUUUGAUGAAAAUAUUACUAUGUUUGUACUCUGCUUUGGAGCCGUUGUAGCAAAGGCCACAAAUCGCCUGAUUGUGGGUCAUAUGAGCCGGAGUGAACUUGUUCUUUGGGAUUGGAUUUACCUAGGCCCCAUAGCCCUCAUGUUGAAUCAAUACUAUGAUUUCAUAGUUUGCGAGAAGAAGCUGCUAUUUGGAGUUACAGUAUAUGCAUAUACCUCGUUACUUGUUUACUGUUGCAUAAUCACUCGCCAGAUCUGCUAUCAUAUGAAGAUAUACUGUUUCAAAGUUCCACCCAAAAGGCAUUAGGU